AUGGCGACGCAGUUCAGUAUUGAUGACGCCUUUGUGCUGGAGCGCGAGGAGGAGGGGGCUGAUGGAGACCUGCAGAGCUGGAGAGGACGGGACAAGGACCGGGAGCCUGGGGACAUGACAUUUGGCCCACUGUCUUUUACCAAACCACAGAACCUGACAUCUACUGGCUCCGUUGCGGCCCCUGAACACACCAACCUCAAGUAUCAGAAUCUGGAAAAUGAAGAAACAUUGGGCAGCAGUGGAAAUUCAACAUUUAAUAACUUAUUUAAAAUUAAUGAUCCUUCCACUUUGUCGUACUGCAGCUCUCAAUGGUCCUUUAGCACCUUGAGUUCCGUCACCCAGCUCUCUGCACACUGUUGCGGGUGGGUCUCUCACCCGCUGAUCAAAAACAAUAGAAAAGUUGUCCUUGCAUCAUUUCUUCUUCUCAUUACUGGAGUUGCAUUGAUCUUCACCGGUGUGGUCAUACAGCUGAACCCAAAAGCAGGUGUUUCAAGUGCCAUAUUCUUUGUGCCUGGGUUUCUCCUAUUUAUUCCUGGAGUGUACCAUGUUAUUUAUAUAAGCUGUGCUGUGCGGGGAAGACGAGGAUUUAAACUGUUCUAUUUGCCUUAUUUUGAAAAAUGA